AAAAGACCUGAGAAGAGAUAUUUUCGAAUUAGUCAUGUCCUUAUGCUAAUAAGUAACUUGCAAAAAAGAUUUUUCUUCAACUCGUCUGCAAAAAAUCUCCAGCCAAAUCUAUUUCGACUUCAUAUGAACAUAGUCUUUUAAAGGAAAUUCACAUCAUCUGUCAAAUCAUUAAUAGUUUUAAAUAGAAUUAUACGCUUGUUUUAUUCAUCAUUUUUUUUAUUUAUAGGUCAAGCAUCUUAUAUGCAAGAACGUAUAUGGUUGGAUGAACAAUUUAGAUUUGGUUACGAUCAUAAAAAUACGCAACAAUCAGUAGCUGGUUAUAAUCUUCCUAUAUUGUAUAAAAUAGCAUUAUCGCCUAUUUCGAUUAAACGCUUACGUCAUUCAUUUCAAUUAAUUAUUUCAAAACAUUCAGUAUUACGAACAGCACUUAAAUAUGACUAUGAGGAAGAACGUUUAAAACAAAUUAUAUUACCUAUAACAUCAACAAAUCAAGAAUAUUAUUCAUUUCAACAUACACUUAUUUCGAAAAAAACCGAAGAAUUGAAAGUAAUAUUAACUGAAAAUAAAGAAACGAAUAGAACUUUAUUUAAUUUAGAAGAAGGACAAGUAUUUGGAUGUCAUUGUAUUAAAAUAAUUGAAAAUGGUUUUAGUGGUCGUCAAAACAACAUUUACAAGUAUGACGAUGAUGAUCUAUUGUUGAAAAAUGAUUAUAUUUUAUUUAAUUUUCAUCAUUGUGCAUUUGAUGUUAUUGCAAUAAAACUAUUCAUAAAUGAAUUCGAAUUUGCUUAUACAAGUGGUCAAUUGCAUGAAAAUAGCAACGAUCUAAAAUAUAUUGAUUAUUCUCAGUAUGAACGACAAAUGGAUAUGAGUGAAGCAAGAAAAUAUUGGACAACAUUAUUAAAUGGAUACAAUUUAGAUAAACGAUUAGAAUUACCAUAUGAUUCGAAUAUACAAAACAUAACACGAUCUGGUAAAGGUUCAGCUAUAGAACUUGAAAUAGAUCAAUUUUUAGUAAAGAAAAUGAUUCAUUAUACGAAUGAAACAAAUGUGUCAAUGUUUCAGUUGUGUCUUGAGAUAGAAUCAUUAAUUGGUAAUACAGCUAAUACUGUACCUUAUUAUUUUAAAUUAAAUCCAGAGAAAACAUUUGAACAAUUAUUGAAACAAGUAAAACACUUAUGUUUAGAUAUAAUGAAUUACUCAUAUUUACCAUAUUCAGAAAUAUUAAAAUUAUAUGCACAUCAAAGAACGUCGGCAAUAUUUUUACCAUAUGUAGAUGCAACAUUAUCGUUUGAAACAACAUUGGAUAAUAAUAUAUAUUUAAACGAUCAAACAUCAAUGUCAAAAUUAAUUGAUCAAAAAUCAUUAAAUUUAAUCAGACAAUCAGUAAAAUUUGAUUUUACAUUAAUAAUAAAUUAUGAUACAGAAGAACAAAAACUUCAUUAUUCAUUUAAUUAUUCUCAUGAUGUAUUUAAUCAUUCAACAAUAGAAAUAAUUUCUCAACGAUUUGAACAAUUAGUUGAACAAUUAUUUAAUUCAUUAUUUAAUAAACAAACUCAACCAAUCUAUGAACUUUCUCUCAUCUUACCAUUUGAAAGACAAUUAUUAUAUGAUAUAAAUCAGACACAUGUUGAUUAUGGUCGAGAUCAGCUAAAAUGUAUACAUCAUUUGUUUGUUGAUCGUGUUCUUGACUAUUCACAAAAAGUAUCUGUUAUAUUAGAUGAACAAUCUCUUACUUAUUCAGAAUUACUUUACUAUGUUCAAUUAGUAUCAGUACAGUUAAUACAAGUCCAUCAUGUCAGACCACAGCAAAUUAUAUGUCAAUGUUUAGAACGAUCAAUUGAAAUGUCAAUUGGAAUUUUAUCAAUUAUAACUUGUGGAGCUAUCUAUGCUCCUUUCAAUCCUCAAGAUCCAUCCGCUCGACUUCAAUCAUUACUACAAGAUAGUCAAUCAAAUCAUAUCAUUGUUCAUCAAUUUACAAAAGAAAAAUUUUGUAUAAACGAGGCUGUUGUUGAUUUGAUAAAUAUCAAUCAAAUUAUUUCACAAGCAGGUGAUUCUAUAGAAUAUAGAGAUUUUAAUUAUCUUUCAAGUGUACAAACAAAUAUUGACAAAAUUGCUUAUGUGCUCUUUACAUCUGGUUCAACUGGGAUUCCAAAAGCUAUGUAUUUUGACAGGAGCUCACAUGAGACUCAAUCUAUUCCUAUUGGUCGUCCACUACAAAAUUAUCGAUGUCAUUUGCUAGAUGAUUACUUGGAACCAGUACCUGUUCGAUCUACUGGUGAGCUAUAUAUUGACGGAUCUAGUAUUUUUGCUGGAUAUUUAUAUCGACCAGAUUUGACUGAACAAGUACUAGUUAACAUACCUAAUGUUAAAAACAAAUGUUAUAAAACAGGCGACGUAUGCCGAUUAGACGAAAAUGGACUAAUACACUUCGUAGGUAGAAAAGAUUUUCAAGUAAAACUUCGUGGUCAACGUAUUGAAAUAGGUGAGAUUGAGCAUGUGACGAUGAAAUCAUCACCAUCCACAAUUCAUAAAUGUGUUGUUAUGAAAAUUAAUGAUCAUUUAAUAGCUUAUAUAGAAUCUUUGGAAACUGAUGACACACAAGUGAAAAAAUAUUGUAAAGAACAUUUACCACAAUAUAUGAUUCCAUCCACAUUUAUUUUUCUCAAACAGUUUCCUCUCAAUUCAAAUGGAAAAUUAGAUCGCCAACAAUUGCCUAAACCGGAUUUUAAUAAACUAGCCAAUAUUGAUAAAUAUCAAGAACCACAGACAGAGAUCGAGAAAGAUGUACAUCAAAUAUGGUGUCAGUUAUUAAAAUUAGAUAAAAUAUCAAUCAAAACAUCUUUGUUUUCAUUAGGUGGUAAUUCACUCCAGUUGAUGAAACUCUACUCUCAAUAUCAAUCUAAAUAUUCCUAUAAUAAAAAUAUUGGACAAUUGUUCAAACAAACAACGAUUAAAGAACAUGCUGAUUUAUUGUCAGAGAUACGAUAA